AUGUCGCAAAGUCACCCUCUGUCCGAGGAUCAGGUCGCGGGCGAGCUCCGCAAGAUGACCGCGUUCAUCCGGCAAGAAGCUCUCGAGAAGGCCCGUGAGAUUCAGCUGAAGGCCGACGAGGAGUUCGCCAUUGAGAAGUCCAAGCUCGUCCGCCAGGAGACCGCCGCCAUCGACACCCUCUACGAGAAGAAGCACAAGCAGGCGGCUAUGGCGCAGCAGAUCACCCGCUCCACCCUAUCCAACCGGACUCGCCUCCGUGUGCUGGGUGGGCGUCAGGAGCUUUUGGAUGAUCUCUUCCAGAAGGCUCGUGAAAAGGUGACCAGCGUGGCUGGUAGCGACAAGAAGAAAUACCAGGCUACCCUGCAGGGGUUGAUCCUGGAAGGACUAUACGCUUUGAAUGAGGACAAGGUCGCUUUCCGCGCCCGGAAGAAAGACUACGACACUGCGAAGAAGGCUGCCGCCGAAGCUGUUAAGGAGUUCAAGAAGAACGUGGGAUACGAGCCUACCGUGACAUUGGACGAAUCGGAGCCGCUGCCAGAAGGAUCUGCCGGUGGUGUUGUUAUUGUCGGUGGUCAAGGCAAGAUUGAGAUUAACAACACCUUCGAGGAGCGUCUGCGACUACUGGAGAUCGAUGCCCUCCCCGCCGUGCGGGAGGCGCUGUUUGGCAAGAACCAAAACAGGCGAUUCUACGACUAA